AGUGCUGUAACAGGCCCUAGGCACGACAACCCACAAUGCACUCCACCAAUCACUGCACAGUGCACUGAUGCAAAGGAAAUGGACAACAUCAACAAACUCCUACUGGUUAACUCCGCCAACGGCACUUUGAUCGUUUGUGGAAGCCUUUUCAGGGGCAUCUGCUCUUUGGUAAACCUCAGCAGCGUGGACAAACCGGUGUACUACAGUGACACUAAAGCUGAGAAGACAUUCGUAGCCAGCACAGAGGAGUCUGUUACCGUAGUGGGAGUUAUUUCUUAUUUUAUAGAUACUCAUGCUAAUGCAAACCUCAGCGUAUUUCUAGUGGGGAAGGGCUAUGGUAGCUCGGACAGUUCCAAACUCAUCAGCACCCGAUUGCUGCAGGAGCACGGAGAAAUGGAUGUCUUUGAGAACAUGGUUGAAGCUUCCACUGUGCAAGCUAGUCCUUUCGUCCAGCGUUACCUCCACGACUUUCACAAUGCUUUCAAAGACAAUGGCUACAUAUACUUCUUGUUCUCGCGCACUCCGGGCACCAGUGACAGCAGGAAGAUCACAUUUAUAGCACGCCUGUGCGAGAAUGACCAUCAUUAUUAUUCUUACACCGAACUUCAGCUCAACUGCUCUGUCAGCACUGAACAACAGGAGAACACGUACAACAAGGUCCAAGUGGCAUAUCUGGCCAAACCAGGAGAAGUUUUGGCUAGGAAAAUCAUCCCUUCGAAUCCCAAUGAUAAGGUUCUGUUUGCGGUGUUCAGCGCGGAUGAGGACGGUGGCCGUUCUGCCUUGUGCAUGUACCCGCUCAGCAGCAUUAACACCAGGCUUGAGGAGGUGAUUGAGUCCUGCUACAUAGGGGAAGUUCUAGAGAACGAGAAACCAAAAACUGUUUAUUCACCCUACAUCUCCAAGACCGAGGCCAUCUGCAAGACCAAAAGAGAUAAGAACAUGGUGAAGGGAUAUAAAUGUGGCGCAGAGUUCCUGCCGUCUCCACUAGCCAGUAAACCUGAGUACGCACUGGCUGUCAAACCCAUCUUUACCCGAAAUGACAUGCUGACAGCUGUAGCUGUGGCGGUGGAGAACGAGCACACUGUGGCAUUUUUGGGAACCGGCAGAGCAGAUGUCUUAAAGGUGCAUCUUGACCCCAGCCAACCUGAAUUUUAUCACCGUAUUCCAGGAGAGCGCGAAUAUGGAGGGGUGAACAAAAACCUCUUUUUUAAUUCAGCUUUGGAUCAUUUGUACAUCACCACUGGAAGAAAGCUCACCAAAGUGCCAGUACAGGCCUGUGAGCAGAAAACUGAUUGUCAAUCAUGUGUGUCCCAGCGGGACCCAUUCUGUGGCUGGUGUGUGCUGGAGGGCCGUUGUACUAGGAAAAAGGAUUGUCGCAAAGGAGAAGGAGAGAAUGUCUGGUUGUGGAGUCCAAAACAAACAUGUCUAACUAUUCAGUCCUUUGAGCCCCCCAACAUCAGCUGGAAGAAAACAUAUAAUUCACAGGUGAUGAUUGGCAUCCCCUCCCUCACCAGUAUCAGCAGUCCUGAUAGACUUACAUGUGUGUUUGGUGACUAUUGCAGUCAGGUAACAAUGGAAAACUCAGGGUUCAUCUGUGAUCUCCCAAUCUCUGAGUACAUACCACCCAUACCGGAGACAGAAGAUUUUGUGGCAGUGCCAGUGAUGUACCAAAUAAACGACGGCAUUGAAGUGGCAUUUGGUGCAUUUGAGUUCUACAACUGUGCAGUCGUGGUAAAGAGAUCGGAGAAUACACCAUGCAUUGCAUGUGUGACCAGUAAGUGGGGCUGCCAAUGGAAUAUUCAGGAUCACACAUGCAGUGAUAGAGAUGACACUGUCAAGGGUGAUCAUAUCAUUCAACACAUGCAGGAUGACAGGUGUCCUCAGUUUGAGAUCCCAGAACCCCUGCUUAUUCCUGUUGGAAUUAAAAACCCCAUCCAAUUUCAGGGCACAAAUCUGGAUAAAUAUUUGGGGAAAACCUUUCAGAUCGGCACUGAGCUCAUGAAACAGGUGGGCGAGGUGACUGUGGAGGCUGAUGGGUCAAAGUACAGAUUUGAGGGAUUUGAGUUUGAAUAUGACAAGGAGCCAGAGGUGAAUGUGGCGUUCUACAUAAAGGAUAAAAUCACGGACAGGAAGAUUGACAGCACCCUCAGAGUGGUGCUCUACAACUGUUCAGUUAGACGUGAGGACUGCAGUCUGUGUAAGAACGCUGAUCAGAAGUAUAACUGCGUUUGGUGCGACACCACAAAAUCCUGCAUCUACAGAGACCUGUGCAACCAGGAGCUGAAGCAGUGUCCUCCUCCAAAGAUCACUGACUUUGUUCCCCAGGAAGGGCCAGUGAAGGGACAGAUCUCUGGCACAACAAAAACCUCUAACUUGGGCAUCAAGCAGGAGGACAUUAAGAGAAUCGCCUUAGCUGGAGUGCCAUGUACUCACCAGCCAAAAAGAUACUCAUUCUCUAGGUACUGCAUGAGAGCUGAAGGAUUUAAGGAUUCUUUGUAG